AUACAAAAAGAUGUAUCGAUUGAUGAUGGAUUGAUUGUUGUAAUAAAUACUUUAAUGAGUUUAGACUGCGCACAAUACUCACUAUAAAGUGUACUUGUGUGGUGUCAACAAGUAAAGUGCUAGAAUAAGGGGAUGCAAAGGUGGCGGCGGGAGUAAUAUGAAAGACUAAGUGGGGACUUAGAAGACACGGGCUUCACUCCUCCGCGUGUCCGAACUUUAUUGCAGUUGACAACGGGUCCAACGAAUUGUAAUCAUCUACACAUUCUACGUAUUAAUAAACAUAUAUAAUAUUAUAUACUGCCAUCAUUUUUAUCAUUAAUUAUUGUUUAAAUUAAAAAAUUUUUUGUCAUUUUUAUCUAAUCUACUGUUAAUAUAUUGACAUGGAUUAAGUUAUUGUGGUUAAAGUACACAAAGAAGAAGCCAAAAGAAAAGGUGACACAAAAUAAUGAUGGAUUCUUUUUUCCACUAUCAAAUUACAAAUAUUUCUUCCUUUAUUUCAUUAUUUUUAUGUGUUUGUGGUGUUGAAAAAUAAUUCUUUUACACAGUUUAAUACGUUUAAAAUAUAAGAAGUGAAUAAAUAAAUUUAAAGUUAUCUAUAAAAUACACGUUUUGUUGACUUAUUGCCCAGCAGGAGAUAAACAAUACUAAGAUGCGAUACAAGGUUAAUGAUCCUGAAAAUAACGGAAAAAACUUUGAGGACAUUAAACGACACUCAGAUGUGGAUUGGUGCAGUUGGAAGAGAGAGCAAAAGUCAAAAAAUGAAACGAAAUUGGUGGCUAUUAUUGGUCUCCUAGUUUUUAUUGUCAUUGCAUUAGUAAUUACAUUAAUUUUACGAAUAUCAAUUUUAAAUAAAAAUGACUACGAAGACAUGUGUCAAACUGAAAAAUGCAUCAACACAGCUGCAAGACUUAUGGAAUCAAUCAACACAUCAGUCAAUCCAUGUAAUGAUUUUUAUAAAUAUGCCUGUGAUGGAUGGAUAAGUCAACAUCCAAUACCUCAGAGUCAAACUUCGUGGGAUCAACUUAGUCAUCUUCGUGAACGUUUAUUUGAAAAUUUGCGAAUAAUACUUGAAGAAGAUGAUCUAGAAAGUGAUUUGAGGCCAAUGAAAUUAGCUAGAGCACUUUAUAGAACUUGCAUGGAUACAGCGACAAUAGAAAACCUUGGACUGGAGCCAAUAUUUCAAAUUUUAAAAAUGGUUCAGCUACCAGAAAAACCAAUUUUUAACGAGUCAAUAGAAUUCGACAUAGCGACAAUAUCAGGUACCGUUCAAAGGCACUUGGGAUUGAAUAUAUUUAUUAACUUUUACAUCAGUGAAGACAUCAGAAAUACAUCAAGAAAUCGAAUGAUGAUGGAACAAGUUUCACCAGGAUUUAGUGAACGAUAUCUAUUAGAUUCUGGUCGAUUCAGUUCUGAAAUAAAUGAAUACAAACGUUACAUAAAAGCUAUGGUAGAAUUAGCAGGGAUUAAUGAUAAUAGUACUGAGUUUGCAAAUGAACUCGUAGAUUUUAGUACAAGUAUUGCUAAAAUCAUGGCCACACCUGAAGAAAGACGAAGCUCAACUCAUCUACUUCAUGAUGUAACGGUUGAUGAGCUUCAACAAUUGACGGAUCUUCAUGCAGUAAAAUGGAAUUGGACUAGUUACAUUCAAUCGGUUUUCAAAGGAACAAAUGUAACUAUUGACUCAUCUAAAGAUCGAGUAAUUGUAAUGGAUUUGUUAUACUUGCAAAAUCUUCCACAGCUGUUGGCAUCAACACAUCCUACAACUGUUGCUCGUUUUGUUUGGUGGAAUAUUUAUGCAACAAUAGCACCAUUAACAUUGCAAAAGUUUCGUGAUCUUGGUUUCCAAUUUGCACAAAAAGUGUUUGGAUUGAAAGAAAAAACUCCAAGAUGGAAAACAUGUACAGGAAAUGUUAAUUCUAUGUUUGGAAUGGCAUUAACUCAUCUCUAUGUUCAGAAGCAUUUUAAUGAACAAGCGAAAGAAAAGGCUUUAGAAAUGUUAUUAGACAUUCGAGCAGCGUUUGAUGAAAUGGUGAGUGAAUUAGAAUGGAUGGACACGGAUACAAGAGCUAAGGCCCAUAAAAAAUUAAAUGCCAUGAAACCAUUUGUAGGAUUUCCUGAAUGGAUUAUGGAUGCCAAAAAAUUAAAUGAUUAUUAUAAAGAGGCUGAUGUAGUGGAAGGAAAGUUAUUUAAAACUUUUUUGAGCCUCACAAAUGUCGGAAUUAAUAAAACUUUAAAUAGUUUGAGAGAAAAACCUGAUAAAAAUAGAUGGAUAUCUGCUGGAACCACUGUUAAUGCCUUUUAUAGUGCAAUUUUAAAUUCUGUUACAUUUCCUGCUGGAAUUCUUCAUCCUCCAUUCUACGAAAAUGGAUUAGAAUCACUAAAUUACGGUGCAAUGGGUGCGAUAAUGGGUCAUGAGCUCACGCAUGGAUUUGAUGAUCAAGGUCGCAGAUAUGAUGAAGAUGGGAAUCUACGCCAAUGGUGGAGUGAUGAAACACUGCAGCAUUAUCAUAAAAAAGUUGAAUGUAUUAUUAAGCAGUACAGUAAUUAUCAUUUGCCAGAACUAAAUAAUAAUUUUACAGUAAAUGGAAUAAAUACACAGAGUGAGAAUAUUGCAGAUAAUGGUGGACUAAGAGAAGCUUAUCGCGCUUAUCAAAUAUCAAAAGCACGUAAUCCAAAUUCUCAAUCUCUACCAGGACUUUAUAACUACACUCAGGAUCAACUUUUUUUCCUUGGAUUCGCUCAAGUUUGGUGUGGAAAUUAUACUUAUGGUGCUUUAAAAUCGAAAUUAGUUGAAGGCGCACAUGCACCUAAUCAUUUUCGAGUUAUUGGUACCUUGUCAAAUAAUAUUGAAUUUGCUAAAGCUUGGAAUUGUCCUGUAGGAAGUCCUAUGAAUCCCCCUAAUAAGUGUAUAUUGUGGUGAUUAUGACGAUGAUUGUAUUUAAUUAUAGAUAAAAAUAUUGAAUAUAGAGUUAUGACAAUGCAAA